CUCUGUAAGGGGCACAGGCAGAACCAGAACUGAAAUAGGACCCGUCCCCCAGCCCCGGCCCUCCCUCCCUCCCCCGUGUCCCAGAGCAGAGUCCCUCCCUGGACUGGGCUUGGUGGGGAGCGGGCAGGGUGUGUGGGGUCUGGUGAGACUCACAUCUGGUCUGAAAGGUCACGGGGCCUCUGCUGUCGGGCCUCCCUUCAGGGAGAGCACAGCGGGGCCCUGCAGGGCUCUUCCCCUUCCUGGGAGGCCCCUCAUGUGACGGGGAACACGGAGCCCGGGCUGUCACACCCCGCGCAUGUGUCUGUCCUACAGGCUCUGAGGACUCUGCAAGCUGUCUGCACCGCCGGGACCAUGGGAGGCAGCUUCAGGACCCCGACCCUCACUGCCCUUCUGUGCCUCGGGCUGUGUCGGGACCCGUGGGGCCAGGUACAGGCAAGGUCCCCCUCCAGACCCUCCAUCUGGGCUGACCCCAGCCCCAACGUCACCAACUGGAGCCCUGUGACCAUCUGGUGUCAGGCGCCUUGGCAGGCUGAUGUCUUCUAUCUGUAUAGAGAGAGGGCCUCUAGACACAUGUCCAUGGAGAUCUCACAGGAUUCCAGCAACAAGGCCAGUUUCUCCCUUGAACUCGCUAGCCAGCAUGAUGCAGGGAGAUACCAGUGUCAGUAUCACAGCCGGAACGGCUGGUCAGAGGGGAGUGACUUCCUGACCUUGGUGGUGACAGGAGUGUACCCAGCACCCUCCCUCUGGGCCAUCCCAGGCCCCAUGGUGGCCUCAGGAGGGAACGUGUCCCUUUCCUGUAGCUCACAGAUCCCACGGCAGACCUUCCGUCUGCUGAAGGAGGGGGGAGCUGACGCGCCCCGACACCUGGAAUUGAAGUUCCCUCGUGAGAAGAGGCAGGCGCUCUUCUCUGUGGGCCCUGUGAGCCCCUCCCACGGGGGGACCUACAGGUGCUACGUUUCUCCAGCUUCCUACCAGUACACGUGGUCACUCCCCAGUGAGCCCCUGCACCUUCAGGUCACAGGCGCCUACAGGGAGCCCACCCUCUCAGCCCAGCCGGGCUCGCUGGUGCAGCCCGGAGACUACCUGACCCUCCAGUGUCACUCGGAGGCCAGAUCUGACACUUUCGCUCUGACGAAGGACGAGGGGCUCACACCUCCCGUGCGUCUAGAUGGGCAGCCCAGCCCCGACUUCCCCCUGGGCCCAGUGAGCAGCUCCCACGGGGGCCGGUACAGAUGCUAUGGUGGACACAACCUCUCCUCCACGUGGUCGGCCCCCAGUGCCCCCCUGGACAUCCUGGUCACGGGACUGCUCAGGAAACCAUCCCUCUCGGCCCAGCCGGGGUCCCUAGUGUCCUGGGGAGAGAACGUGACCCUGGAAUGUCAUUCUGAAAUCUGGUUCGAUACCUUCUACCUGUCCAAGGAGGGGUCACCUGCUCCUCCCCAGCACAUUCGUCUACAGGACGCAGCUGCACCUUAUCAGGUCAACUUCAGCUUUAGUCUUGUGACCUCAGACCAUGAGGGGAGCUACAGGUGCUACGGCUCACAGAGCACCUCCCCCUACGUGUUGUCACAGCCCAGUGACCCCCUGGAGCUGCUGGUCUCAGAAGCAGCUGACACCAUCAUCUCAUCACAAAACAAGUCAUACCGCAGUAGUGCCUCGCACUCCAAAGAUUACACAGUAGAGAAUCUCAUCCGCAUGGGCAUGGCUGGCUUGAUCCUGGUGGUCCUCGGGAUUCUGCUAUUUUGGGAAUGGUACAGCCAGAGAGGAAUCAAAGAUGAAGCCAGGAGGUAAACACAAGAGCAUCAGUGCAACAAUCAGUGUGCCCAGGAUUUUCUGGAAUAGUAUGUGGGGCAUAUGCCUUGUGAACUAUCUGCAGGUCGUUGUGAGGAGGAGCCAUGGCUUAUGUGCAGGAACAAUGCCUAGACUCCUGCCAUUAAACUGUGGACUCUCCUUCCCAACCAUCA